UAGCACCGUGCCUGGCUUAAAGUUGUAAUCAAAGUGUUAACGUUGAUGCUAUACUUUAGUAAUAUGCUGGGACAAGAUUUGCUUUUUGUGUCUCCUAACUCUGACAAUUCCUCAAUGUAGAGGAGACAUUAAAGGUAGCAUAUGGGGUCUUCAUAAGAUUGCCACAUCCUUUUUCAAAAUCAUGGCAAAAUUUGUAUCUUUUCUCUCUUUUUUCGUCCUAUUUGUGUUCAGUAAAUGGAUCGUUAGUGGAGAAUGGAACACAAACGAUUUUUUGAAGAGGGAGCAUACACUAGUGAAGCCAUAUCAAAGUGGUGGAUCAGCAAUGCCUCUAUGGGACUUUGUAGGAUCAACUAUGGUGACGUCAAAGUUCAUACGCCUCACGUCGGAUCAUCAGAGCAAACAAGGCGGACUUUGGAAUUCAGUGCAAUGCUGGAUUCAUAACUGGGAGCUCCACGUCCACUUCAAAGUUCAUGGAGGCGGGACUUCUUUAUUUGGGGAUGGCUUUGCCAUAUGGUAUACUAAAGAACGUAGUCAAUUAGGCAAUGUGUUUGGGAGCAAAGACAAUUUCAUGGGACUUGGCAUACUCCUUGACACAUAUAGCAACCAUAAUGGCCCACACAAUCAUGGUCAUCCAUAUAUCUCUGCGAUGGUUGGUAAUGGAUCAAUGUCCUACGAUCAUGACGCGGAUGGUACACAUACUGAGCUAGCAGGGUGUGAGGCACAGUUUCGUAAUAAACCACAUGAAACAUAUGUUGCUAUUAGAUAUGAAGAUUUCACUUUAACUGUUUCCAUGGAUAUAGAUGGUAAAAAUGCCUGGAAGAAAUGUUUUGAGGUGAAAGGUGUUAGACUACCUACUGGUUAUUACUUUGGAGCAAGUGCUGCCACUGGACAAUUAGCAGAUAACCAUGAUAUUAUAUCUAUGAAGCUAUACCAGCUACAAUCUGAUUUUGAUGAGAGUAAACAAGGCAAUGAUAGGGAAGACUAUACAAAAAUAGAGCCUGGUGCUGAAUACUUUGCUCCACCUAGAGAUCAUGUAGAUGAUGUAAAAGGAGGUUUUAUGAGUGGAGGGGGUGGUCUCUCAGGCUGGAAACUGCUAGUCAUCAUCAUAGUCUCCAUCAUUGGCCUUGGAAUAUGCGGCAUGGUCGGAUUUAUGCUUUAUUUAAAAAAACAAGAGGACAACAGAAAACGAUUUUAUUAAUUAGCUCAAUAAUAGGUACUGUCAUCAGUGUCGAUAAAUACUUCAAAAGUUGUCAGCACCCUCUUUGCAUGUGAUGUCAUCGUGCAUAUAUAAUUUUAGGGCCUUUGAUUUGAUAAAAUAGAAUCUGAUCUCGGAUUGUGAUUAAGAGAUAUAUGGUCCAUAUCAAUUUAAUGUGUGCUCAUUUAAUACAUUGAAUGUGUACUUCAUUGGUUAGGUUAUAUGACCACUUUGAUGUUAUAUGUAAUGGUGGUGCUAGCGCCAAUAUUUUUGUACUGUGAGCAAGGUAUUUGAUAUUCAGUUGUAAUUUAUGUGUAAAUAACUAUUAUUCUGACAUUCUAAAUCCACCAACUAGUUAUGUUAU